AUGGGGGGAGAACAAUGGGCUGUCCAAAGGUACUUCUUCUCCUUUUAAAUCUUGCCUCCUCUUCGUUCCUCUUAUCAUUUUUCCUCUUCUGUUUCUAGACGACAAAUGCGGGGAAGGCGUCCCAUUUUUCUGCUGCUCUUGCUAGUCGGCACCGUCCGUUCUCAGCUGUCCUGUCAUCGAAUACCGACUUCUUUCUGCUGUACUUCAAGGAUUCGCGAUCAGUGUCCCGAGCAGUGUGCUACUGUUCAAUGCGGAUCGGAGUUCAUUCACAAUUGUAAGCUUCUAAAAUAUCCAUUUAUCCUCAACGCUGGUUUGUCUUUACAGUAUUCUCCACGGAUGGCGCCCGAAAGCCGAUCUCGGCAGCUCGUGACGGAAAUGCAAAUCUAGGUCACGGUGCCUCGUCUCCCGGUCAGUUCGAAACAGUGUUAUGUUGUCUGAAUGUCUUUAACCUACUCAUUUCUCUAGAUUCGAAUUCGAAUUCAGAUAUGCCCGAAACAGUCGAAAAACCAGACGAAUCUCCUCCAGUCCCCUCGUUUUCCUUUCAAACUGCAAACAGUAAUGGCGACGCAUCCUGGAGUUUGCCGCCGUCCAAUUCAGGAGACGCCCGUGUUGGAGGACAGACCACAACUAUGGCGUCUUCCGGCGGAUUCCCAACGCUCAUUCCGUUCUCAAGUGAAUCCAACCUCUGGUCUACCGUAACCCAACAACAAACAAACCUUCCGUUGGCUCCUGCUCCUGCUCCUGCUCCUGCUCCGACUCCGAUUUCGGAAAUUCCACAGGCGCCACGCAGAGAUGUAUUCAGUUCCGCUUCCUCUCAACCACUAAUACUCUCUGCUUUCAGGGACAUCGUCGGCGAACCACUCCCGAUCCUAGAAUAAUAAGGCCGCCCGAGUCUUUGGUCGUCAUUGGAGACUACGAUGAGGAUGAGCCUCCGUCCGAGAAUGCAGUGGUUGACUCACCUCGUACGUCUUGUUCAGUUUCAUUUCAAAUUCACCCUCUUCUUUUCUCAACUUUCUCCAACUGAAUAGUGCAAAUUUUCAGUGCCAAUUCCAAUUCCAACAACAACACCAGCUCCAGUGAUAAGCAAUAGCGGAGAUGUUUUUGCUCGAUCCCGGAAGGAAAUCAGUUCAGUUCCAGAUGUUGAGCCAUCAGGAACGGCUUCUGCGUUGAGGUACGGAUUACUGUAGACUUAGAGAAAGGGGUAUGAGGAAUCAUUCGUUGAGUCGGAAAGUGAGUAAAUACCUAAAUGAAAUCGCAGAGACUCUACCGUCUUUUCGCGCCGUUUCGGAGUCUCUCGUAGCUCCGCAUUUGCUCAUUCUCGAGCGCACAACCGGCUAAUCUGCCGCCUCACAACUCCAGGAAGACUCAUUUGCAACCGUCCGUCGCCACGUCGGCGCUUCGUCGCGGCGCCACGUCUCUGGCGAUCCGAUGUUCGCAAGAAGAGCCCGAGGAAUCGGAAAAACUUUGCGACGACGAGAAUACAUAUAACUCCGUUUAUGGGAGAGUUGGCCAGAAAAAGAAGGAAACUAGAUAGGUUCGGAUAAGAGCAUGAGCACGAGGAAAUGCAUGGGAUACGGUAGCACGGAAAGGCCGCAUGACUAUUAUUAACACUGGCACUACUUGCCCUGCGCUAACUGGUGCUGUCUCUUUUCAGCGGCUCCUCUUCACACGAAUGGAAAGUGUCGAUUAUUCCACGUGGACAGAACAAGCAACCAAAUGUCAACUCGAUUCCUCCGUUCACAAUUGACGGCAAGUCGGACGAACGGUUCAACAAGUUUUAUAGAAGUAAAAAGAACGAUUAUAUAGACGAGGUUGAACUGAAAACAUUUAGCAAUUGACAAAGUGAUCAACAAAUUAGAAUUGACGCCGGGAGGUGGGCUACAAGUGAGAGAAGGUGAACCGCAAAUCCGGUUGGAGGUGAGUGGAGAAUGAGAAAGUAAAAGUUAUCAAGUACGCAUUUAGGGAAGCACUAAGGACCUCUCUGCUGUCGAUUCGUCAGCGGUGGUCAUUGUCUCGCGGACUACUGUAGCUCCGGGAACCACCAACAAAGUGAGUGUGAUUCCAUUCCGCCCACUACACUUCACUGCUCCUCCUGCUGCUUCUCCUCCUCGAGCUCCUGCCACAUCAGGACAAUGUGGCGUGGCUCCUGACUUCACGCCAUGUGUUAGCAACGACAUCGCAAGCAAGUCACUUUUGGAAUGCUGUCAGAGAAAGAAACUGCCUCCGGGAUGUCAACAACUGUGUCGUUAUGAUAUAACACAAACUGAAGUGAGCUACAGACGACGUCUUCAUUUCUUUUCAAUUCGUGCAUUUCUGCAGAUUCGCGCAGCUAUGGAUCGAGGUCAGUGCGGAAUCUUCAACGUGGCACCAUUCUUAGAAUGCGCUUCACAGGGAAAAGACAAUUCGGAAUGUUGCAGACAUCGAGGAAUUGUUCAGAAGACGUGAGCAACUUCAAUAUUAUUCGUUUCGAAGAAACUCUUUUCUUUUCAGCGGGCCGCAAUGCGAACAGUUCUGCCGGCCGACUCAAGGGCUCUCGGCUCUCGGAGUUCAGCACAUUGUAUGCGGAAAUGCCGUUGGAGACAUGCUUCACUGCCAUCAUUCGGGUGUUCGAGUGUGA